AUGCCGCCCUUGUCGCCGGCCUCGCAGCCGCCGCAGCAGCAGCAGCAGCAGCAGCAAAGCUGCGUGUCUACGGUGCAGCAGCAGCAGCAGCACGCGGCCUUUUUGCUGUCGGAUGCUGCGCAGCUGCAGCAAAAAGUGCUGUCGGAAGUUUCCAAAUUCGAAGAACACAUUUUGCUGCUGCGGGACUUCCUGCUGCACUUCGCUGACGAGUUUGCUGACGAGCAGCAGCAGCAGCAGCAGCGCCACGGGGAGUUCAAGUACAGAAAUUACCUCUACUUCGGGUCUUCUUCAUCUUCGGGGGAAAAGGGAAAAGGGUUUGGGGUUUACGAGGGUUUGCUGGUGAACACUUGUCGGUACAUGGAGCUGCUGCAUGCAGCAGCAGAUUUGCUGCUGCAGGACACAGACCUUUUUGCUGCUGCAGCAGAAGAAGCAGCAGCAGCAGCAGCAGCAGCAGCAGCAGACCCUGCUGCUCUUGCUGCUGGUCUCGAAACCCCAGCAGCAGCAGACCGCAGCGCAGCUUUGAGGGCCAAAAAAUUCGACCCCUGGAGACGCAUCAGGGCUCGAGACAUGGCCGCUAGAGGAGUGCCCGCCCACUUGCGCCACACCUUGUAA